GGGAGGAGUGGACGCGGCCGGGUGUGGGGAUUCAACAUCCGCCCCUUGAGAGGCUUGACUUGGUCCCCGCAGCUGUUCUCCUCUCAGAGGCGGAACCGCUUCGCGGCCUUUCCUGGGCGUGCGGAGGUUUCGUGAGGACGGCCAAGCUGCCUAGGGCCCGGAAACUCGGCGCUGGCCCCAGACACCGCCGACCGGCACCGACCGCCGCAGCGGCCUGGGCGCGCCUCCGUCCCCGAGCCUAGAACCCGGGGCCGGGCGGGGCCCCCACAUCCGGCGCCUUCCACAGGGGUCCUCGACUCACCCCUACCCGACCUUGAGUGUCCGACGCAGUCCCUCCGGGCAUGGCUUUGUGCCCCCGCCCACCACCCUUCCCUCAGUCCCUUUGAUUUUUCUCCCAGCCCUCCAGCCUCGCCACGUCCUCCACGGCGCUAAAAGAAAUGCAACCUGAACAGCCACAUCGCGGAAACACAUCUUAUUCGGAGAGAAGGCCCAGUUUGGGGACUUCAGGGUACACAUUUACCGUUUCGACUGUCGAGGGUAUUUGAUUAAUUUGGUUAAUCAACCUGGAGUACCUGUCCGGCUGACACUGCCGUAUUCCCUCCCGACCUCCUCACGUGUCCAUGAAGCAGGUUGCUCUAAGAGGUGUGGUUUAUUUGAGUCUACUUUGAGCUGGACGUGAGGCUGACCCCUGAGUGGGAGCAUGGACUCUCAGACGGACGCUCCCCUGGAGGUUGAGGGGUGCCUGAUAAUGAAGGUGGAGCAGAACCCCGGGUGGGCAUCAGAGCUGGGUCUGGAAGGACCGGGGAGCUCAGAAUCUGAGACCUUUCGCAAAUACUUUCGGCAUUUUUGUUAUGAGGAUGUGAGCGGACCCCACGAAGCUUUCAGUAAACUCUGGGAACUUUGCUGCCAGUGGCUGAAGCCAGAAAUGCGUUCCAAGGAGCAGAUCCUUGAGUUGCUGGUCGUUGAGCAGUUUCUCACCAUUUUACCGGAGAAGAUUCAGGCGUGGGCACGGAACCAGUGUCCGGAAAGUGGCGAGGAGGCCGUGGCCCUGGUGAUACAUUUGGAGAAAGAGGCUGGAAGACUUAGACAGCAGGUUUGCAGUCCUGUGCACUCAGAGAAGCAAGCCCCACUUGGAGCAGUAUGGGAUGUGGCAGGCUUUCAACCAGAGACCCAACCCAAAAUGAUGUCUCGGGAAGAAGCUGGAAACCUACACCCAGGACACCAGGAGGAACUGAACCCAAAGAGAGAACAUCGGCCCUUACCUAAGAAUGCUCAGCUUUCUCCCUGGGUUCCCAUCCCUGCUGAAGAAUGGAACACCAUAGAUCAGGGAGUAACAAAAAUGAAACUUCCUGUUGGGUCUCAGGGGCCAGUGAAAGAUGUCCACAUGAUGAGAGGUUUUUCCUACAAAAAGACUAUGCAUCAGAUUCCUGCUCACAGAGAUGUCUAUCAGAGUAUUGGAGAAGAGAGUGUUGGGAGCAUAGUCUCCCUGGGAAGUGCAGUAUCUACUUCUAACAAGGUAGCUCAGGUGGAGCAAAGAAAGGAGCCAUGGACUGUAGGUCUACAUUCCUCUAAUAAAAGGAGUAUUCUACGAAGCAGCUACAUCAAGGAAAAGUCAGUUCAUACUAUUCAGAUUCCUGCAAGGAGUGCAGGAAAGAUGUGGAGAGAGCAACAACAGUGGGGCUUAGAAGAUGAAAAGAUAGCAGGUGUGCAUUGGAGCUAUGAGGAAACAAAGACUUUUCUUGCAAUUCUCAAAGAGUCCCGAUUUUAUGAAACACUUCAGGCUUGUCCCAGAAACAGCCAAGUGUAUGGUGCUGUAGCUGAAUGGCUGCGAGAGUGUGGCUUCCUCCGAACCCCAGAACAAUGUCGGACUAAGUUCAAAAGUCUCCAGAAGAGCUACCGAAAAGUGAGAAAUGGCCACGUGCUUGAGCCCUGUGCCUUCUUUGAGGAUAUGGACGCAUUGUUGAACCCUGCAGCCCAUGCAUCAUCUACUGACAAGCCAAAGGAGACUGUGUCUCUCCCUAGACUAAAAGGAAUUGGUAUCAGUGCUAAAGAACAGAUCAGUUUGAUAGAGGAAGAAGCCACAGAAGAAUCUGAUGGUGAGGAAAUGGGCAUCCAGUUUACCCAGAAGGCUGAGAUUCGUGGUAACCCCGUCAUGUUUCAGAACCUGAGUGGUGUACACUGGGGCUAUGAGGAGACCAAGACUUUUCUUGACAUCCUCCACGAGACUCGGUUUUAUGAAGCACUUCAGUCUUGUCAUAGGAAAAGCAAAUUGUACGGGGCUGUGGCUGAACAACUGCGGGAAUGUGGGUUCCUCCGGACACCAGAACAAUGCAGGACCAAGUUCAAAAGCCUUCAGAAAAGCUACCGCAAAGUGAAAAAUGGUCAUGUGUUAGAGUCCUGUGCUUUCUACAAGGAAAUGGAUGCCCUAAUAAACUCUCAGGCAUCCAUCCCCUCUACCAACACCCCAGAAGAAGUCCUACCACUCUCAAGGCAAGAAAGAGAGGAUAUUGAUAUUGAACCCCAGGAAAAUACAGGCUGGGAACCUGAAGAACCCUCACAAGAGGCAAUAGUAGAGGAUUCUGGCAGUGAGAGAAUGAGUGAGGAGGAAGUUGUACAAGAGUCAGAAUUCCAGGGACCUCCAGGUCUACUGCAAAGCCCAAGUGAUUUUGAAAUUAGAGCCAGUAUCAAGGAGGAUGCAAUGCAGAUAAUAUUUAAGGAUACAGAGCAGCACAGGCCAUUAAUAGAAAAGUCCAAAAGGGUUGUUUCCCAGAAUACUAAUUCAGGUAAAUAUCAUGAAAAGGAAUGCAUCUCAGGAAGACAAUGGGAAAACCGUCAAGGAAUCAGACAGGGAAAGCCGAUGUCUCAGCCUAGAGAUUUAGGGAAAGCUGUAGUGCAUCAGAGGCCUUUCAUGGGAAAGAGGCCCUACAGACUUCUCAAGUAUGGAGAAAGCUUUGGAAGGAGUACUCGUCUUCUGUGCCGGAUAACCCACCAGAAGGAAAACCCUUAUAAGUGUAGUGUCUGUGGGAAGUGCUUUGGUAGAAGCAGAAGCCUAAUCAGACACCAAAGAAUCCACACGGGAGAAAAACCUUUUCAAUGUUUUGACUGUGGGAAAAGCUUUAAUGAUUCCUCAAACUUUGGUGCUCACCAGAGAAUCCACACGGGGGAGAAGCCCUACAGCUGUGGAGAGUGUGGAAAGUGCUUUAGUCAGAGCUCAAGUCUCAUCAUACAUCAGAGAACCCACACAGGUGAGAAACCCUAUCAGUGUGGAGAAUGUGGGAAAAGCUUCACCAACAGUUCUCAUUUCAGUGCCCACCGCAGGGUCCACACUGGUGAGAAUCUCUAUAAAUGCAUGGAUUGUGAAAAGAGUUUCCAUAACUGUACACGAUUUCGAGAACAUCGGAGAGUGCACACUGGAGAAAAGGUCUAUGGGUAUGCCCACUCUGGUAAACAUUUCAGUAAGAGUUCUGUUCUGACCAAACAUCGGGAGGUCCAUGUGAAAGAAAAGCUGCCACAUCCUCCAUCCAUGUAUUCCCCAGAGAACCCACAUAAGGGGAGGACUGAUGACUUCAGGAAGACUUUUUGAUGAUGAUCUCUUCCUCAUGCCCCUUUAGCAACCCUACCCUGAUCUCACUCAUGGGAUCUUUUCUUAGCUAUAAAGUAUAAUUUCCAAGAUAAGCUUAAAAAUAUAAAUAAGUUAAAGACUUGGAUCCUGUUCUCAUCUCUGCCUCUAACUUGACCAGACCAUUCCUCUCCUUUUAUGUGUCUCAGCUUCUCCUUUAAAUAAAGUGGAGAACAUAAAUUGUCUGAGUUAAAAAUGGAGCUCUCUUCAGUAUGUCAAGUCUAUUGCUAUGGGAUUGCUAUGUCCAGCAACAUUUAAGAUCCUCCUGUGUAGGUGAGAGUUGUUUUCAAGGAAGUGAAAAAUGCUGAAAGGUUUUUUUGUUAUCUGCCAUAUGAGAUCCUGGAUGCAGCUAAACCACAGAGUUUCAUGUUUGGGUAGGACUUUCAGGAGUCUGGUCAGAACUAUAUCAAGUCCAUUUUCAUUUUGAAGAUAUCACAAAGGAGACUGAAGAUUUUGUAGCUUCCAUCAGAAGUCUGUUGCAGUGUAUCUUUUUUUGUAUCAAGAAGUUGAUCCAAAUAGCUAGGGUAGAAUACCUGUGUUGUCCCUGAAGCCAUGUUAGCAAUGCCUUGACCUCCAUUGAGAAGAGAAGCAAUUGAUUACCCAUAGUCCUCUGUAUACCAACCUUUUAUUUCCCUGAAGACUGAAUCCCAUUGGUCGCUGGUUUCCAGCCUAUAAGAAUCUAGUUCCUGUUAUUAUUUCCCAUAUGUCCUAUACUUGCCUCUUUAUGUUUUGGGUGCUCUUCUCUGUCUCUUCUGAGCUCUCACACCCUCUGAUUGACUAGGCUGCAUGCUCAUGGUGUGUCUUAUUAAUAUAAAGUAGGAUUUCAGACACAUUCUAGUUCUCCCCUGUAACUUCUCCAGUUCUUAUCUAAAACAUGAUUUAUGUUGGUGUAUUUAUGCCUCCCAACCUCACACUUCAAUAUUAUAUAAUCAUAGCUUUCUAAAACUUAAAAGGGAUAGAAAGAAGUAGAGACCUGAAAUAUUAAAUAUUCCUAAGACCAGUUGGACUCCUUAAGCCUGCUUUAGGUCAGAAGCCACCUUAGUCCAGACCAAAACCUCUAGGGUUGUUUGUCAAAUAUUCUCUUUCCUGAGUUCUGUAUCCUAUUCAUAGGAUCAUGACCUGCACUGUAGAGCCCUGAGUAAUUUGUACAAUUCUAUAGCUUAUUGAGAGAAGGCAGAAAUAUUUACAGAAACUUCCAGUCCAGAACAUGUUAGUGUUUUCUUCAUUUACCUGUUUGUCUGAAAAAUCUUUUGAUGACCCCCAACAUUAGCCCAAUAAGUAGUGAAGGAAAGGUUCAGAUGGAUGGAUAAUUCAUUCAUUUCCAGAAGUUACAGAUGAAACCCAGGAAUUUGGUCAUUUAAAACUGGUUGCUUUAGGGAGGGGGAAGUCAUAAUUUGGCGGAAAGAUAACCAGAGUUGAGUAAAUUGUUCUUUUGAUCGUAUCUCCUUUAUUUUAUCAUAUCCUCUGUUAUUGAACAUAUCUGGAGAUAAUAUUUUUCCUUUGACUAUGUUUUAAUCUGUUGAAACUUUUUCAGCAGAGUACCAAGAAGGAUAGGCAGUUACAGUGCCAGCAUAGGGUAUAGCCUUCCGGAAGGCAGGUGACUCAGGUAAACAUUGAUAAUGUUCUGAUUUAUACUUGUUGAAAAUGUUAUGCUUGUUCACAUCUGAAUAGAUUCAUUUCCCCUGUGUUGUUUGAAUCACAGACUUUUAAUGGUAAGUGCAGCUUCAUGUUGAUAGUGUACCUAACACAGUAAGAUGUGUUAGUGUCAGUAGCUGUGUUCUUAUAUUGUGUAGAUGUUCUAGAAUUCCAGCUCUAGAGAAAGUAAACAUUAAUAGAAGUAACCACUUAGUAAUACACAGGAUUAACAAUUAUAUAAACCGACACAUGAUUCGGGAAAGGUAUUUAUUCAUAAAUAUUUAUUAAGCACCAUUAUGUGUUAAGGCCAUGUUCUAGGCACAGUGAGGGAUACAAAAGUGAAAAUGGAGGCAUGGUACCUGUACUCAAGGAACUUGAAAUAUCAUAGAGGAGUUAUUAUAGCAAAAGGUAAUGCAAAUUAAUGCAUGUAAGUUACAAAAGUCAAUGACCCAAUCAUGAGAAAAGCACCUUCACUUGCAAAAGAGUUUGUCUAACUUGCCUAAAAUUCUUUAGUUCUGUCUUUCAGACUUCCCUAGUGGCAGGGAAGGUUUAGGCCCAAUCCAUCUCCAAUGGGACAAACUGAUUCUGGUUUAGUCUCCUAUGUCUGGAGUCAAGCUAAGGUGGAAUUUGGGUUCUGCUACCAAUAUUCUUAAUUGUAAAUGGGCUGCUGAGACAUAUAUUAAAUUAACUCACUGAAGUUUGUCUCUGUUCUUUCUGAAGAGACAGAAGGUUCUGCCCACAUUAGACAAGACUCCUUGCAUUUUAUCCUUUUUCAGCUGGAGCAUGAAAGUUCAAACGAAUUAUGUGUCUUUUAUAUCGCAUAGCACUGCCUUUAUGACAAUCCAUAGGAAAAGGCUUUUUUUUAGAUCUCAGUACCAGGGGAAGCAGCUCUGAUCCUAAGCAAAAAGAAAAAAGAAAAGAAAAAAUAUCUUUAAAAAC